GAACCAUCUGUGAGAUUUAGAAAACCCAAAAAAUCAAACCCAUCAAACUUUCCUCAUUUCUUAUCGAAACACAACUCCUGAAACCCACCAAAAAAAUCCAUCUAAAACCGGCCAUGAUUUGAGCGAAUUCUGCUGCAGAUGGGUUUUAUCAGAAAUCCCUUUUGCCUCCUCUCCUUCACUCUCUUCAUUUUUGCAGGUUUUGGGUUCUUUCCAUCUGUAAAAACCGCCACAGAUAGCUACAAUUUUGUUUACAAGGGUUGUUCAAGCCAGUCAUUCUCGGACUCCAGUUACUCACAAGCCCUUUCUUCGCUUUUCGCUUCUUUAACCGCUCAGGCCGCCCAGGUGGCCUUCUACAAAACAAGCACAGGUGGAGGUCAAGCUACCAUUUCUGGUCUCUUUCAAUGUAGGGGAGAUCUCAGUAAUAGGGCAUGCUACAGCUGCGUGAGCAAGCUUCCUGACAUGACGAGGCGCCUGUGUGGAAAUUCCGUGGCGGCGAGGGUUCAGCUCUAUGGUUGCUACAUGCUCUAUCAGAUCUCUGGGUUUCCUGAAAUUUCUGGGGUAGAGAUGCUCUAUAAGACAUGUAGUACUUCACAGGCUUCAGGGAAUGGCUUUGCUCAGAGGAGAGACACAGCAUUUUCUGUGCUUGAAAGUGGUGUGGCGAACAACAAGGGUUUUUACACAACGAGUUAUCAAUCUGUGUAUAUGUUGGCUCAGUGUGAAGGGGAUUUAGGAACUUCAGAUUGUGGACAAUGCGUGAAAACUGCAGUGCAGAAAGCUCAGGUUGAAUGUGGAAGCGCCAUCUCUGGCCAAGUUUAUCUUCACAGGUGCUUUAUUAGCUAUUCUUACUACCCAAAUGGAAUCACAAGAAAAUCUUCUUCAGGUAUAGGGCAAAAUGCAGGGAAGACUGUAGCAAUUGUUGUGGGAGGGGCAGCAGCUUUGGGAUUUGUAGUCAUAUGCUUGAUGUUCCUUAGAUCUUUGAUGAAGAAACAUGAAGAUUAUUGAGAGGAAGAGAUGGAUAUUGAGGAUGAGGAUGGUAAAUUUUUUUGUUAUUUUUCCUUGACAAAAUUGAGAUUUUGUUAGUGAACGAGAAUUGUGAUGAGAAAGAGGAGAGAAACAGAGAGAGAGAGAUGGGUAAAAACACUAAAACAGAGGAUUUUCUUUUUGCUAUGAAGUUAGGGACAAAUUUGUUGGGAAGAGAAGCAUUUGGGAAUGAGGUUAAGUUGGCUGUGAAAAGAAGAAUUGAUGUUUUGUCAUUUUGAAUGGGUGGAGGAUGGGAAGAGGAGAGAAGGGGUUUUUGGCUUUUUUU